ACACGACGCCGAGUGCGUCGAGACGUCGAAAAGGCGGGACGCUUUGCGGGAUCGAUGAUAGAUCGAAGGAUCGUCGGCGACUCGAUUUGCCAGAGAAUAUUUUGUGGAAAUUAGGUACAGGUUACCUCAACGUAGAUGCAUACGUUAAAGCGUAUUUAUAUCGUUUACUGUGGACUCGAUAAGUCAACCGUAUAGGUUAUGUUAGUACUUUAUGUACUUUAAACAUUUGUAUGAUACUUCGCUAAAUAUUAACGAUGGUGUCUACGCGAGGAUUGAAAUUCAAGUUUUGCGAUGGAGAAAGAGUAUUAUGCUACGAACCAGAUCCGACAAAGGCAAAAGUGUUGUACGACUCGAAGGUAGUUGAUAUCAUUAUAAAUAAAGAUCAGAAAGGUAGAAAAGCUGUGGAAUAUCUCAUACAUUUUCAAGGUUGGAAUUCAUCUUGGGACCGUUGUGUGACGGAGGAAUAUGUGCUUAAGGACACAGAAGAAAAUCGUCAGCUUCAACGUGACUUAGCACAAAAGGCACAGCUUCAACUGGGUGCGUAUUUGUAUCGACGUGAACGUAAAAAGAGAAGUCACAAAAUGUCAGAGCGCUUGACCGAAACGGAGCAUCAGGAACCACGACGCAGAGCGAGAAGCGGUGGUAGCCGAGCUACAUCCGCCACAACUGGGUCUUCGGAGGAUGGUAGUUCGGGUCAGCAUGCUGAUUACGACACAGAAGAAGUAAACACGGAAGAAGAUACCGAGAGUAGUUCCGAUUACAUAGACGAGUCAAGCGACGAUGAGGACAGCUGUGGAGGCAGUCAGUCUGGAGUCAGUAUGAGGCCAGGAGUUGAUCUUGAUAUAGGUGGAACGCUGAAGCGGAUCCUGGAGCAGGAUUACGACCUAAUAAAUCAUAAAAAUAAGCUCGUGGUUCUGCCUGCGCAACCCACUGUGAUAAGCAUUUUGGAAUCCUGGGUGCAGCAUUUCACGACAACGCAACUGACGAACAUUCCAGAGAAGCCUCAACGGAACAAGGCGAAUAACACGAUCGAGAGAACAGUGAACGAUGUUAAUCUGUGCAGGGAAGUCGCGGACGGCCUGCGUGUAUAUUUCGACUUCACGUUACCGCACCUGCUUUUAUACAGGCAGGAAAGAGAGCAGUACAGUUCCCUGAAGUCUUCCCUGUUGUACAACGAGCAGACGAGCGUUGUCGUGAAGGAGGAACCAAUCGAAAAACGCACGUCUGCCGCAAGGAACUCCGAGAUGUGCGUGAAGGAGGAGUUCGAGGAUACGGAAUACGCUCAUCUGCCACCGUUUCAAGAGCACGAUUCGGAGAUGGACAGUGUAUCGAAGCCGAUAAGCAGUUCCAAGCGGAAGCUGCGAUCGUGCCGAGUAAGCUCGGUUGACGAGAGCCGGCAGUUAAGGUCCUACGACGAGGGCAAGCAGGACGGCGGUAAUUUAUCGAGUAGCAUAGCAAGUACAAGUUCCCGUUGUUCUAGCCCGCGAGGUGUAACACGAGGUGUAAUGCCGCCCGUUGUUACAUCCGCUCAGGUAAACGCUUUACUGCAACAGUCGAAUAAGUGGAGGCUGAUGCCGGAGAUUCCGAAACAGAACGCGAACGCGUUAGGUCCCUCCGCUUAUUAUGGUGCUAUCCAUUUAACUAGAUUAUUCGUUAAGUUACCCGAAUUAUUACAAUCGACGGAUAUAGCGAAUAAAAAAUUAAAAGUUCUCUUGAAAUACUUGGACAUGUUUUUAAGUUAUCUUGAGAUGCACAGGGAGUGGUUCGGAGAGCAAUUUUACAUGCAAGUGGAGAAUCGGACAAUAUUGUAAAAAGCGAAGUAACUUUUUUUGCAAUGUACAAAUGACUCAAAAUUCUGAUAAGUUUAUAAUUUGUAAAAUCUCUUUGACACCAGCGUGACAACAAAUUAAAUAUAAGAUGAAGA